AUGUGUAAUACUGACCAGUUCAACCUUCUCAUCGAAAAACUGAAAGAUAAUCCUGUGGAAGAGAUCAGAUGUCGUACUUUAGCCAAUAUUCAGUCGAAAUUAAAUCGAGGUUUAUUGCCAUCAGAUAAGAAAUGUCUGUCGAAACUUGUUAAAGUAUUGCUGUUCUCUUUGGAGCAGAGUCCAUCUUUUGAAACCAAUCGCAUAUUUACGAUACUCAAAAAACUGCUUUUGAAUCCCGAAACCAAAACACUUUUAGCAUUAGCUGGAGGAUGUUCUGUGCUCACAAAGAUGCGUAAUUCGACAUCAAACAGUGAAUUAAAAAGGGAUAUUGAUGACAUAUGCGUUUUGAUUACUGAGGAUCCGUCCUUAAUUGAAACAACCAGAGAUUUCAAGAAUAAUACUCUAAAAGGAAUACAGGAAUCCAGUGAUCUAAAUUCUACUGAAUCCAAUUUUGUAAUGCCUAUUUCACCAGAUUUCUCGCAAACUCGUAAAGAUUUAAACCAGUUUACAUCGUCCUAUUCAUUCAACCAAGUCUGUCGAAGUCAUUUCUUAUAUUUUCCCAUGGUCGUGCUUACAAAAGACGAUGUCGGUGUUUUAUGCACAACUUUAAAAUCUAUCUGUUCAAAGGAACCUAAUAUUUGUAUUUCUGGUAUUCGCUUUCUCCAUGAUGUUGUACUUAAAGACUUUCCAGCCGAAUUAUUUCUUCAAAGAACUGAUUUCAUAGAGAAUCUUUUUCGAAUUUUAAAUGAAAAGAAUUUGGAGAUCGCUUAUUCAGCUACCAGUUGUUUGAUUAGCCUUUGUCGUGCUCUUAUCACAAGAAUUUAUUAUCACUUGGAUCCUAACAAUUACGUAUAUUCAAGUCAAACUGGCGACCGGAUGCCGUCCUCUGGCCCUUCGGGAACACAUGAAACUGAGCAAACAUUUUUUACGUUCAUCAAUGACUCAACACAACCCAGAGUUUGUGGAUCUACCACUCCAGGAACAAGAGUUCGAUAUUCCAACGAAGACGUACAGAAACAGUCUUAUUCAAUGCUAGACUUUUGCUUCCAGUUAUUCAACGUAAUAGGUAGUGGGUUAUUAACAGUCCUAGAUUAUCGUAACCAAUCGACAAAACAAAAUGCCUGUAAGACAUCACACAUCAAUACAAGUUGUAGUAAGCAUGACUGGGAAUACAAAUUGGAGUCUAAUUUUCUACUCCUUCUCGAUGUUGGGAUCAAUUUGUUACUGACUAGUUUAUCUCCUCAUCGUUAUACAAAUCAAUAUGACAAGGUUUGUCAAAAGAAUCAAACAAGCGACCCUAUGUCAUUUAUCAACGCAGUAUUCCUCAUUGUUCCUCCUGCUGUCGACCUUAUUAAAUCUUCUGAAUUGCCACCUGACUUUUAUACAUGUAUGGAACAGUUAGGUUCGGUUUUGUCCCAUUAUUCAACCAAUCAAGUUCAUGAUAAUGCAACAAUCAUGGAAUCUCUCAUAAGUUGGAAUACUUUUGAGAUGGUCAACUAUAUUAAUAAAGCUAAUUUACCCGGUGAAUGUGAACGACAAACUUAUUUUGGUUUGAUUACUAAAAUAUUUCAAUUGAUUAGUUCUUUAUUCACUCCAGAAACGGCACUGGCCGUUCUUCCCACUAAUGUUAAAAACCAGUUAUCUGUUGCUCUGUUGGACAUGUCAUUACUAAUUAACCCAGAACCUAGAAACGAAUCACAAAAAAUUGGACUACCAGCCUAUGUAGCUUUAUUCAACUUUACAAUUUACACAACUUGGUUACUUUUACAACAACUUCAAACAUCUAUUUUUCAUUUGAUUGAUUUUCUUGAUAUCAGUGAAAUUUCACUUUUAUCUACUUCUAAUGACAAGAUUAAUGAAACCAAUUUGAAUUUGGCUGUGGAUGCUGUGAACUCACUUGAAAUCACCGGAUCAACUCGUUUCGCUUCUAACUUUGUAGAGUUUCUGAGUCAAUUCUAUGUAAAACAUCAAAAUACAUCAUCAACUAUUUUAUGGCGUGGUCAACUUGUCUUACUUCGGUUACUUAGCCAUGAGUUGGUAGCUAUUCGCAAGGCUACAUAUUCUCAAAUACUUAAACUGCUGAAAGUUGCUAUUCAUCCAAAUUUUGCUGCAAAUCCAUCUUCUUCUUUGGAUACUGUUAAUUUUCUUCUGGAAGAUGAGAUUCUAUGUGAAUGGAUCAAUUUCGGUUUGAAAGAUGAAAAUCCAGAAGUAAUUUAUUAUUUUUGGUUACAUAAUUUAAAGUUGACUUGUUAA